AGGGAGCAGCGGGCCGUGAAAGCGAUGGGCAUCCGAAAGGGCUGAGCACAUUAUUGCAGCUUAGGCUGUCGCUAUGGGCACCGCAUCCUCAUUGGUCAGCCCGGGAGAGGUGAUUGAGGACGGAUAUGGGGGUGAAGGUGGGGAGGCCUGUGAGAUCCCGGUGGAGGUGAAGCCCAAAGCCAGACUCCUGCGCAGCUCCUUUCGCAGGGCGCCCCGGGUGAUCGGGGCCAGUUUCAAAUCGACAGGCUCCGUGGAUCUAGAGUACGCGGCCGAGUAUGAAAGACUCCGUAAAGAGUAUGAAAUCUUCCGCGUCAGUAAAAACAACGAGAUCUCAUCGAUGCAAAAGAAGGAGGCCAAGCUGGACGAAGAGAACAAGAGGCUUAGAGCUGAGCUACAGGCUCUGCAAAAGACCUACCAGAAGAUCCUCAGAGAAAAAGAGAGUGCUCUCGAGGCAAAGUACCAGGCUAUGGAGAGGGCCGCCACUUUUGAACAUGACCGGGACAAAGUAAAACGACAGUUUAAGAUUUUUCGGGAGACGAAGGAAAAGGAGAUCCAGGAUCUCCUGCGGGCCAAGAGGGACUUGGAGGCCAAAUUGCAGCAGUUGCAGGCACAGGGUAUCCAGGUCUACGACCCAAAUGAUUCAGACUCAGAUGACAACCAAACCACUGUUACUGCUGCAGGAACACAGUGCGAGUACUGGUCUGGUGGUGUACUGGGAAGUGAGCCCUCUAUGGGUAGCAUGAUGCAGUUGCAGCAGACCUUUCGGGGCCCGGAGUUUGCACACAGUUUGAUCGAUGUGGAAGGACCCUUUGCGAAUGUGAGCAGAGAUGACUGGGAUGCUGCAGUGGCCAGUCUGCUUCAGGUCUCCCCUCAUGUGCCCCAGGCCCUGUGGAGUAACACAGUCCGCUGCUACAUGAUCUUUACCCAGGAGACCAAAGCUGAGCUGGAUAUCUUUACAAAGAAACACUCUCCUGCUUUACGGAGAUUGUGCGAGGGUCUCGGCCAUUUCUAUCUGAAUGUGUGCUUCCCUGAGGACAACGCCGCCUUGUACACCGUGGAGCGCAGGCAGGAGAUUGAAAGAAGCUCCGUGUGCGUGCUUCUCCUCAAAUCUACUGUCACCAGCUCUGUGGUAGAAGACUGUGAGGAGGCUUUUGUGAAGAAUCCAGAUGGGCAUCCGCUGGUGCUCUACCUCAGGACUGAAGACGGGCAAAGUUUGACCGGACCCACCAGGCAACUUCUAGAAAGGGUCAAUGCUGCAGACAAGGCGGCUAAGGUCAAGGUAGUGGAUCAUAGCGGCUCUGCAGAGGACGGGGCUGCCCUGAUUUAUGCUCAGCUAGAGAAAGUCAUCAAACAGGAGCUGCUGGGUCUUGAAGGAGCAGAGGUAGACUCUAAGGACUCGGGGAUAGAAGAAGGCCGCGAGGAGGACUCGGGAGACGUGCUGUGGGACCUGCACGAUGAGCAGGAACAGAUCGAGUCCUACCAGCAGGCCUGCAGCAGCACCACCUCACAGCUAGGCUUCCAGAAGUAUAUAGAUCGUCUGAAUGACAUGAUAGCUGCUCCCCCUCCCACCCCACCUCUGCUGGUGUCUGGUGGUCCAGGCUCAGGAAAGUCUCUCCUGCUCUCCAAAUGGAUUGAGCAGCAGCAGAAGCAGUCCCCCAACACUUUGUUCCUCUAUCAUUUUGUCGGUCGGCCACUUUCAACCAGCGCAGAGCCGGUUCUCAUCAUCAAACGCCUCACAGUCAAACUGCUGCAGCACUUCUGGUCCAUUUCUGGCCUGUCCAUGGAGCCCAGUAAGAUCUUGGAGGAGUUUCCCCGCUGGCUUGAAAGACUAUCAGCACGCCAUCAAGGAAACAUCAUCAUCAUCAUUGACUCUAUUGACCAAAUACAGCAAGCAGAAAGACACAUGAAGUGGCUGAUUGACCCUCUCCCUGUCAACGUCAGAGUGGUGGUGUCUGUCAAUGUAGAGACGUGCCCUCAGGCUUGGAGGUUGUGGCCCACACUCCACUUAGACCCCCUGAGCCCCAGAGAGGUCAGGAGCGUUGUUAAUGCCGAGUGCCAGAGCAUGGAGCUGAAACUAACGAAGGACCAGGAGAAGAAGCUGGAAAGGCACUGUCGCUCUGCAUCGACCUGCAAUGCUUUGUACGUCACGCUUCUGGCGAGGAUGAUCAUCAGUACAUCCUGUUGGUCACUGGAGAAGAGCCUGGAGCAGUGUCUACAGUGUCAGGACACGAUGUCACUGUACCGCCUGGCACUCAAGAUGACGCUGACCUCCCUGAAAACAGACAGAGAGCAACACAUCAUGAGAGAGAUUCUGUGCCUUGUGUGCGCCAGUCAUAAUGGAGUUAGUGAAUCAGAGGUGCAAGACCUUUUCCCUGAACUGGAGCUGCCUGCCCUGUCCUCUCUGCUCCACCGUCUGAACAGACUCUGCAUUGUGACCCUUCGAUGUGGGCUCAUUAGAUUUCAACACCUGCAGGCUUGGGAAUCUGUGAGGUCGGAGUUCUUGGGUGGAGGAAGCAGCUCUCCCGCCUACAGAGAGAAACUCGUACAUUACUUCAGUCAACAACUCAGUCAGGACCGUGUGACUUGGCGCGUUGCUGACGAGCUCCCCUGGCUGUUCCAACAGCAGGAGGAUAGAACUAAACUACAGCUCAGCCUCCUGAACCUGUUUGUCUCCCAAAACCUCUACAAGAGGGGUCAUUUCUCUGAGCUGCUAGCUUAUUGGCAAUAUGUGGGCAAAGACAAAAGCUCCAUGGCUGCUGAGUACUUUGACUCCCUGAAACACUACGAGAAGAGCUGUGAGAGCGAAGACAGCAUGACCAAGCUAGCAAACCUGUACGAGACUUUGGGACGUUUCCUCAAAGACCUGGGCCUCCCCAGUCAGGCCGUUGCCCCUUUGCAAAGAUCCCUUGAAAUUAGGGAGACAGCCUUGGACCCCGACCAUCCCAGCGUAGCUCGCUCCCUGCACCAGCUGGCCGCCGUAUAUGUCCAGUGGAAGAAGUAUGGAAACGCAGAGCAGCUGUACAAGCAGGCCCUGGAGAUCAGUGAGAACGCGUACGGCGCUGAGCAUGCGAGUGUGGCACGAGAGCUGGAGUCGCUCGCCAUGCUUUAUCAGAAACAAAACAAGUAUGAACAAGCAGAGAAACUCAGGAAGACGUCGGUGAAGAUCCGUCAAAAGACUGCACGCCAGAAAGGUCAUAUGUACGGCUUCACUCUGCUGAGGCGCAGAGCCCUGCAGCUGGAGGAGCUGACCCUUGGAAAAGAUUCUGCAGACUGUGCCAAGACGCUCAACGAGCUGGGCGUCCUGUACUACCUCCAAAACAACCUGGAUGCAGCUAAGAUAUUCCUGACACGCUCUCUGGAAAUGCGUCAGCGAGUCCUCGGCCCGGAUCACCCCGACUGCGCUCAGUCCCUCAACAACCUGGCUGCGCUGCACACAGAGCGGAGGGAGUACGAGACGGCCGAGGACAUGUACGAGAGGGCGCUGGACAUCCGCAAGAAGGCCCUGUCUCCAGAUCACCCGUCUCUGGCUUACACGCUCAAACACCUGGCCAUGCUGUACAAGCGCAGAGGGAAGCUGGAAAAGGCGGUGCCGCUGUAUGAGCUGUCUCUAGAAAUCAGAGAAAAGAGUUUUGGGCCCAAACACCCGAGCGUGGCCACGGCGCUGGUCAACCUGGCUGUGAUCUACUGCCAACUGAAGAAUCACAGCGACGCCUUGCCUCUGUACGAGCGAGCGCUCAAAGUGUAUGAGGAUAGUCUGGGCCGCUCGCACCCGAGAGUCGGAGAAACCCUGAAGAACUUGGCCGUGCUCAGCUAUGAAGAGGGCGACUUCGAGAAGGCGGCAGAGCUUUAUAAACGUGCCAUGGAGAUAAAGGAGGCGGAGCCGUCGCUGGUGUGCGGGAACGCCCCCUCUCGCCACUCCUCCAGUGGGGACACAUUCAGUCUGAGGGGACCUGCUCCCCCACCACACGCUCCAAGUUUUGGUCAGUCGAACCCGACUUUUCUGAUCCAAACACCCUCAAACAGGAGCUAUGUGCUCAGAAAGAAACCUCCGGGUGAGCUGCUGCCAGGUGCACACAAGGUGGACCGGGAGUAUCGGGUGCAGAAGGCCUUGUUUUCCGCAGGCUUCCCUGUUCCUCGGCCUCUCUUGCACUGCACUGAUGCAGAAGUCAUUGGAACAGAUUUCUACCUGAUGGAACAUGUGAAGGGGAGGAUAUUCAGGGAUAUGCGUCUCCCUGGAGUGCGUGCAGCAGAGAGAACAGCUCUGUAUGUAGCUGCAGUGGAGGUACUCGCAAAGCUGCACUCGCUGGACUUCACAGCAAUGGACCUUGACGGGUACGGAAAAGGACCCGGCUACUGCAGGAGACAAGUGUCCACCUGGACCAAGCAGUACACUGCUGCAGCACACCGAGACAUUCCAGCCAUGAACCAGCUCUCUGAUUGGUUAAGGAACAAUUUGCCAGCUAACGAUAACGAGGUCACGCUUGUCCAUGGAGACUUUAGAUUGGACAAUUUGAUUUUCCAUCCAACAGAGGCGCGUGUGAUAGCGGUGUUGGACUGGGAGCUGUCCACCACCGGGCAGCCGCUGGCUGAUCUGGCUUACUUCCUGGUGCCUAUAUACUGGCCUGAAGGCUUCAGCAUCAUCAACACAAUGGGCAGUUUGAAAGGAAUAGAAGGCAUCCCGUCUGUGGAUGACCUUAUCUCCAUUUACUGCCGUUGCCAGGGGAUUCCGUCUGCUCUGCCAGAGUUGAAUUUUUACCUCGCCCUGUCCGUCUUUAAAAUGGCAGGAAUCGCCCAGGGGAUCUAUGCACGCCACCUCCUGGGGAAUGCCAGCGCUCCCAAUGCCGCCCGGUUCAGCCACUGUGUGGAGCCCUUGGCUGAAUAUGCCCUGCAGCUUGCACACAGGUCCGUCACUGGUCCCACAGAAGACGGCCUGUUCCUGCAGACGGGGAAAGGUCGAGCCGUUCUACAGCAGGUCAAAGACUUCAUGAGACAGUACGUGCUUCCUGCUCAACAGGAAGUUGCAGAGUACUACUCCAAACACACGCAGUCUCCUCAGAGGUGGCACACCCCUCAAAUAAUAGAAGAGCUAAAGGUGAGAGCCAGGGAGGCGGGGCUGUGGAACCUCUUCCUGCCUGCAGUCAGCGGUCUCAGUCAGCUGGACUACGCGUUCAUCGCAGAGGAGACCGGACGCUGCCUCUUUGCCCCCGAAGUCUUCAACUGCCAGGCUCCUGACACAGGGAACAUGGAGGUGCUGCACAUGUUUGGCAGUGAGGAGCAGAAGGAGAAAUGGCUCGAGCCUCUGCUCCGAGGAGAGAUCCGCUCCUGCUUCUGCAUGACAGAGCCCGAUGUGGCCUCCAGCGAUGCGACCAACAUGGAGUGCACUCUUCACAGGGAUGAAGACCACUACGUCAUAAACGGCAAGAAGUGGUGGAGCAGCGGUGCUGGCAAUGCAAAAUGCAAAGUGGCCAUCGUGAUGUGCAGGAGCGGCUUGCAAGAUGUCAGCAGCAGACACCGUCAGCACAGCAUGAUCCUCGUUCCCAUGGACACAGCGGGUGUAAAGCUCGUCAGACCGCUCACUGUGUUUGGACAGGACGAUGCCAUCCAUGGCGGCCAUUUUGAGGUUCACUUUGAAAACGUGCGUGUCCCUUCUGCCAACAUCAUCCUGGGAGAGGGCAGGGGAUUCGAGAUAGCUCAGGGGCGUCUGGGGCCGGGCCGGCUGCACCACUGCAUGAGGGCCGUCGGUGCAGCGGAGUUAGCGCUGGAGCUGCUCUGCCAGCGAGCGGCCUCCAGGAGCACGUUUGGAAAGAAGCUGUACCAACAUGAGGUCGUCGCUCACUGGAUCGCAGAGUGCCGUCUCAUGAUCGAGCAGACCCGCCUGCUGACUCUACAGGCCGCUCACGCUCUCGAUACAGUCGGCAGCCGCGCUGCUCGCAAACAGAUUGCGAUGAUAAAGGUGGCAGCAGCCAGGAUGGCGUGUAAGGUGGUGGACAUCGCUAUCCAGGUGUACGGAGGAGCAGGUGUGUCCGGAGAUGUCCCCCUUGCACAAAUAUAUUCUUAUGUGAGGACUCUUCGUAUCGCUGACGGGCCGGACGAGGUGCACCUCUCUUCGAUCGCCGGGCUCGAGCUGAGGGAUCAACUCAAAAAGGAAAAGGCCAAACUGUAGAGUGGUGGACAGGAAGUGUUGAAUGAGCUGGACUUCGGAGGUCAAACACAUUGCCAGAUAGUGUGAUUUCGCCCUCAGUUGCCCCUAGCAACCAGCUGCAAUGAAUCCUCAGCAUUUUCUAAAAAUCUUUGGUAAUUUUUACGCAAAAAAUAAACAUGAUUGUAUAUAAUCUACACUGACUUUGUAUAAAUUGUCUCAUUAAACACUUCUGAUUAAAACAAAAAGAAGA